GGCUGAUUUUUUUAUUGAGACUUUUGAAAUUCUGUCAACAUUUUAAGAUUUAUGUUUAUGCCAUGUAGUUUCAUCUUCAAAACUUCAUAAUAAUUAAUAUAUAUUUACUUAUAUUUGCAAAUAAUAUUUAUUAGUUUUAUUUAAACGUUUGUUAUUAUGUUAACAUUGUGGAAUUUAUUUGAAGCGACAUUAUUAUGUCUUAACGCAGUAUGUGUAUUACACGAAGAACGAUUUAUGCAAAAAAUGGGAUGGGGAGCAAAUCGUCCAAAUCAGGGUUUUGAAGACCAGUCGUCUAUUAAAUUUCAGAUAUUAAACUUAGUCAGAUCUAUAAGGACAGUAACAAGAAUUCCAUUGAUUCUUCUGAACAUAUUGACGAUAAUAUUUAAAUUAUUACUAGGAUAAAUUACAGAAGUAUUCAUUGUCUAUAUAUAAAUACACUUUUAAUCAUGUGUAACAUUAUCUUGUAAGACUACAUAACAAAAUAUAAAUUUAAAUUUAAA